GGCGCCGCUUGCGAGAUGGCGGUAGUGUUGUAUAGUAGCCCUCCGAGCAGCCGUGCUAGUGCCUCGCGCCGGAGUUGUGGUGCCACCGGGGCCAGUGUUGCCAACACAAUUAUUCCGUCAAAGUGUUCUAUCCAUCAUCCCCAAGCAGUGCUGCUACUUGAAUGUUUGGAGGAUUAUUAUUGUGAAAAGAAACUAUUAACUGCAAACCUGAUAUUAUGCCCUUUUCUUGUGGUCUAUAGAACUUCUGAGGCCGUGUUGGUCUUCUGGUGUUUUGAUUUUGUAAAUGGAGAGGCACACCUGCCACAAAGAGCUGCUAUAUUUGUGCACUUGUUUUUGAGAUGGCCAUACGCUCUCGGUGUGUGCAGGCAGUCCAGUGCAGGUAGAGCAAUGGCCUCGGGGCAGCGUAGCCAGAUCGUGACGUGGUGA